CCCCCGUAUCAGAGGAGUAGAAACAACAAGCCGCCAUUUUGUUUGUGCGGACAGACCGAGAGGCAGGAGAUACCGAGAAAGAAAGCGACUUCAGCGCGGAUAACAGCGACUCCGAGACCCGCGGGUGAAAGAGUGGCGGUGCGAAAAGAGGGAAGAAAGGAAAAACAAAAGACAAGACAAGAAGAAUGAGGGAGUGAAAAAAGGAAAUUCUCUGAAAAUCCAAGGAAUGGGUGUUUUUACGGAGCGGAGAGGCGGAAGAAGGCAAUAUAUUUAACGAAGAAAAAAACCUGCGAGCGAAAAAAAAAUAGAACAUGAAAAAAAUCAUAAUUUACCCAUCGCCACCGAUGAAAAAAUGCCCGCAUAGACAAAUAUACCGAUAAAUGUAUAUUGGGUAUUUGAGGGGGGAUAACAGGCAGGUUUAAAGGAAAAAAUAAAUUAGGAUAAACGUGAAGGGGGGCAUUUACCAUCACAAAGACUCAAUGAAAGGAUUUUGUGGAUCCCAAAUAUGUUUGGGGGUGUUGCUAUCAUUAUCUUAUGGACGAAGCUUGCCACUUUUCUAAAAUAGCCAUAAUAUUGUAGCGACCCCCCUCGCUUCAUCAGAUUUUCGCUCAUCGCUGUAUUCUCUUGUUCGGGAUUUUUUUAUUCACUUGCAUUGCACCCUAAAUCAGCGUACGCAGUGACCGAUAAUUUCUUGCAAUAUUUAUCAACCAAUUUCAUCUUUCUAAUCAAUGGUGAUCUUAUUGCAGUAGGCUAUAUGAUUACCUUUGAAGACCUGUCUUUGGUAAGCUUUAAAUCUCAAACACUUGGGCAAGUAAACCAAACGUCCUCUGCAAAAUAAAACUAGGACUAAUUGGAUCAAUCUGGUAGGACAUUAAUUGGCACAUUCUGGGCUAUAACUCAAGAAACGAUUUUUGCAACAUCAAAUCUCAGAAUUUAGCCAAAAUUAUUUUUCAGGACACAAACUAAUUGAUACAUUGUAUUGCAUGUAAUUGACAUAAUCGCGCAAAGGGGUGCAACAUCCAAAUGUGCAUUCAGUGUCCGUUAUUUUCUUUCCAAUUCAGUGCCUUGCAUUGACAAACUAACAAAAGAAUGACACGAUGUAGACUACAAGUAGAUGCUAAGGGAAAUGUAUUAAAUGCAUGGAAUUAAUUUAGCCCAUAAGUGUAGUACAGCCUAUUGGAGAACAGAACUUGAUCAGUCAGCUUCACGGUAUUCUUUUUUCAGAGCUGAAUUGCACUCCUAUACUAUAUUUAUCUAAAAUACAAUGCGAAUUGUUUGUGUUGAAUUGGAGGGUUUUAACCCAUUCUUUAAAUGCAUCUUAAACCACUAUCACUCAUUGGGACUGGGUAUCCCGGUUUUAUAGCCCCGAAUAUUGAUAAACCUAUCAAGUUCUUGUUUCUUGACGAUCCCAAUUUACGUAUGGGGAUGAUUUUUAUAUUCUGUCACUGUCGGACACAUUCAUCGGUGUAUUUUUAUUAGAUUAAGGACCUACCGCCAUCAUUUUCUUAUUUGUCCACUCAUUACUUUGUGGUAAUGUUGGGAUCAAAUUGCAUUGACUGCAAUGGCAAUUCAGACCAAGUGGAAGAUUUAUCCGUUUUCGGGUCUCUCGUAACUGUUGCAUGAGACGAGGCCCCCAACGGUAGCCUACCACUGGGGUACGUUUUGCUUGCGUUCUUUAUCGCGUUUCCCAUCUUGCUUCCCUGGACACGACCCUUCAGCAGAGUGCUCUAGAAUUAAACACUCGAUUUCGCCGCCGACUAUGGCGGAAAAGACUGACGCUGCCAUGGAGGACAGGUCUUGGGACAAUUUAUCCGACGCCGAAGAGGCUAAAUGAGGUUGUCGAAGGCCUACUUGCUUGUCUUUUUCAUCGACUCCACCUUCCCUCCUCCUUCUAAACUGAGAAAUCUAUAAAGGAACAACAUCUCCGACAGGGGAGGGGGAUUGAUAGCUACCGCUAAGCAUAGAUCGAGAGUGGGUACCCUGAAAGGAAGAGUGUAUCGCAAUUGCCUCCUUUCCCCCUACCGUCCCCAAACGGUGGGGGAAGAAUCAAAAACAUUUACAGAAGGGAAGUUUGAAAGGAGUCGAAGGACGCAAACAAGGGAAUAAGCCAAUCCUUUGUGGAUAUAUAGUUAUUUUUUAAUUCGUGAAAAAAUAUGGCCGAUAAUGUUCUAGAGUCUGGCCCGCCUUCAGCCAAGAGGCCUAAACUAUCAUCCCCUGCUCUCUCAGUCUCCGCCAGUGAUGGAAACGAUUUUGGUUCACUCUUUGAUCUGGAGCACGACCUCCCUGAUGAGCUCAUCAACUCGUCGGAGCUGGGCCUUGUCAAUGGAGGGGACCUCAGCCAGCUCCACACCAGCCUGGGAGGAGGCCAGGACGCUGCUGCCAAACACAAACAGCUCUCGGAGCUCCUCCGGGCUGGAGCGCCGCCCCCCUCGGGCCAGCAGGGAGCCACCAACAUCCCUGGUGGCUCCAUGGGCCUCCUGGGCAGCAUGAACGCCUCCCCUGGGCCCCAGAGCAUGGGCCCCCAGGGGCAGCACCCCUCACCCCAGCAGGCUGGCAUGAUGCAGCAGGCGGGCAUGGUGGGUGGACUGAACAGGGCCAUGAUGGGGGCCCAGAAGGGCAACGGCCAGCAGCAGGGGCCCACGCCCCAGGGCAUGAUGGGGGGCCAGGUGAUGAACGGCUCGCCCCGAAUGGGUUACCCGGUCAACCCGGGCAUGGGAAGUAACAGUAACCUGCUGGCAGAAACCCUGCAGCAGCAGGGGGGGCAGCAAAUGGGGGCAGGGGGACAGGCUGGGAUGAGGCCACAGCAACCUGGAGCACUGAACAAGAUGAAUAUGAUGGCUAAUGCGGGCCCCUAUGGUGGUCCGUACGGUCAGUCAGCAGGCCAAGGUCUGGGUGGUGCUGGGCUGGGCCCACAGCACCAGAACAAGGCUGGUCUGCCCAAUAGCCUGGCCCAGUUCAACCUGGACAAGAAGACACCGCCUGUACAGGGCAUGGCUGGGAUGGCCUCCCAGCAGGCCUCGGCGGUAGGGCCGGUGUCUGUGGGUGGAGCGGCGGUUGGAGCCGGGGCCCAGGCUGGCCUUGGUACCGUGGCAACAGGUCCGGGGGCAGCGCCCCCCACGGCCGACCCGGAGAAGCGCAAGCUGAUCCAACAGCAGCUGGUGCUCCUGCUCCACGCCCACAAGUGCCAGCGGCGGGAGCAGGCCAACGGGGAGGUGCGCCAGUGCAGCCUGCCCCACUGCCGCACCAUGAAGAACGUCCUCAACCACAUGACCCACUGCCAGGCUGGCAAGUCCUGCCAGGUGGCACACUGUGCCUCGUCGCGACAGAUCAUCUCUCACUGGAAGAACUGCACUCGGCACGACUGUCCUGUCUGCCUGCCGCUCAAGAACGCCGGAGACAAAAGGAACCAGCAGUGUGAGUGUGCUCUACUAAGCAGUGCCGGGGUUGGCCUGGGCAGCUCGUUAGGGGCAGUGCCAGGGGGUCAGCCCAGCAACCCUAACCUCAACCCGCCCAGCCAGAUUGACCCCAGCUCCAUUGAGAGGGCCUACGCCGCCCUGGGCCUCACCUACCAGGGCAACCAGAUGCCCCAGCAACCGCCCCAGUCCAACCUGCCCAACCAGUCUGGCAUGAGGUCGCUAAAUGCCAUGGGAGGGAACCCCAUGGGGAUGAAUGGAGGGGUGGGGGUGCAGCCCCCCAAUCAGUCCAACCUGCUACCAGACGCCAUGCUGCACAACAAUAUGAAUGUACAAAGUUUGAUGAACGACGGCAGCGGGGCGGGCAGCCUGGGCUCCAUGCCCAUGGCGACCCCUCCCUCAUCCGCCGGCAUGAGGAAGAACUGGCACGAGGACAUCACCCAGGACCUGCGCAACCACCUCGUCCACAAGCUGGUGAGCAGUGUGCAGGCCAUCUUCCCCACCCCGGACCCGGCUGCGCUGAAGGACCGGCGGAUGGAGAACCUGGUGGCCUACGCUCGUAAAGUAGAGGGGGACAUGUACGAGUCGGCCAACAGCAGGGCGGAGUACUACCACCUCCUGGCUGAGAAGAUCUAUAAGAUCCAGAAGGAACUGGAGGAGAAGAGGCGGACGCGGUUACAGAAGCAGGGCAUGAUGCCCACACAACCCGGCAUGCCCCCCUCAGGCCUGCCACAGGGACCCCUUGGCAUGGGCCAGUCGCCUCUGGCCCCCGGACAGCCGCCCAAUGGUUCUCAUGCUGACCCCUCCAUGGUUCGACCCACCGGACCCAAUCAGAUGGUGAACAGGAUGCAGAACCCUGCAGGGAUGAAUCAGUUUGGUCAAAUGGGGAUGCAGUCAUUAGGUCAGAGGUCAACGCCUCCCCUCCCACUUGGCGGACCUCUAAAUCAGAUGGGUAUGGGGCAAACGCGGAUGGGGCAAUCCAACGUGGCCCAGCUCCAGAACCAGUACCUCCCUCCUGGUCAGUUCCCUGGGUCCAGUCCUGGCCUCGGGGCUGGCCCAGUUGGCAUGAACCAUCCAGGACCACAAGGAGGCGUGGCACAGCAGGCCCAGAUGCCCACGCCGCCCUCGCUCCCGGUCAGCAGCCCUACAGCCCAGCCAGGCUCAGCGGCAGGAUCAGGGCCCUCCCAGUGCUCCAUGGGGCCAGGCAGCGUAGGUGGAGGCCCUCCUUCCAACCUGCAACUGCCCAACUCCAACUCGUCCCAGCCCAACUCACACCCGCACUGCCCCCCCAUUCGACAGAACUCCCCCUCCCCGGCACGCAGCCUCACGCCAACCCCUCAUCAGACGCCGUCUGGUCUGCCAGGCUCGCAAACCCCCCAGCCUCACACGCCCAACCCGCCCCAGGUCGUCCCUCCGCUCCCACAGCAGCAGCUAGCGUCGUCACAGCCAAUGGGGCAAGGAAUGAACUCGGAGAAGCCCAGUCAGCUCCAGCAGCAGACAAUCGGUGGUGGAGCUUCUGGAGGCCUCCAGAUGGGGAAGGCUCAGUCUGUGCCUACCCAGAAUGCCCAUGUGCCAACCCAGCUUCCGCGAACUCCACUGUCUCAGAAGUCUUCUCUGACUGCAGACGGCCAGGCCUCCACUCCAGCCUCGGUGAGCAGCGUGGACCCUAGCUCCCAGCUGACCUCGUCUGACGCCCCAGCUGAGCCCAAGAUGGAGGUGAAACAGCAGGACGAUGAGGAUGCUGAGGACCAGGGAGAGGGGAAGGCCUCUGGGAAGAUGGGCAAGGGACAGGCAGACAUCAAGUCAGAGGAGAAACCUGAGAUUAAGAAGGAGAAGCCUUCAGGCGACGGAUGCAAGGGUGAGCCUAUGGACACAUCGUCAUCGGCAGCAACGCCGAAGAUGGAGGACAGAGACAGGAAGCCAGAGGUGAAGACUGAGCCCAAAGACGAAGAGGAGAGGUCGGGGGCAUCGGGCACGCACAGCUCCCCCGCCAGCGCUCAGAACAAGAGGAAAAUCUUUAAGCCUGAGGAGCUGCGGCAGGCUUUGAUGCCCACCCUGGAGGCCUUGUACCGCCAAGACCCUGAGUCUCUGCCCUUCCGCCAACCAGUGGACCCCCAGUUACUGGGAAUACCCGUACGUAUUCGAACUAGUAACAAAACUAACCUGGACUACUUUGACAUUGUAAAGAACCCCAUAGACCUGUCGACCAUAAAGCGUAAGCUGGACACGGGACAGUACCAGGAGCCCUGGCAAUACGUGGAUGACAUCUGGCUCAUGUUUAACAACGCCUGGCUGUACAACCGCAAGACAUCCCGCGUCUACAAGUACUGCUCCAAGCUGGCCGAGGUGUUCGAAGCCGAGAUCGACCCCGUCAUGCAGAGCCUGGGCUACUGCUGCGGGAGGAAGCUUGAGUUUUCCCCCCAAACUCUAUGCUGCUAUGGGAAACAGUUAUGCACCAUCCCGCGCGAUGCUACUUAUUUUAGCUACCAGAACAGUUCACCACAAUUUGGGCUUCUUGCUGACAGGUACCACUUCUGUGAGAAGUGUUUCAACGAAAUCCAGGGCGAGUGCGUGUCCCUGGGGGAUGAUCCCUCUCAGCCUCAGACGUCCAUCAGCAAAGAUCAGUUUCAGCGGAAGAAGAAUGACACGCUCGACCCUGAAUGGCUUGUGGAAUGUAUCGACUGCGGGCGUAAAAUGCACCAAAUCUGUGUCCUGCAUAAUGACACCAUAUGGCCGGCAGGCUUUGUAUGUGACAGCUGCCUUAAGAAGGCCAAUAAGACACGGAAAGAGAACAAAUACGCGGCCAAAAGUAAGUGGAGGCUCCCUCAAACUAAGUUGGGCAGCUUCCUAGAGGGGCGAGUGAAUGACUACCUCAGGCGGCAGAACCAUCCCGAGUCUGGUGAUGUCACUAUCCGUGUAGUCCAUGUCUCCGACAAGGUGGUGGAGGUCAAGCCGGGCAUGAAAUCCAGGUUUGUGGACACUGGGGAAAUGUCGGAGUCCUUUCCCUACAGGACGAAGGCGCUGUUUGCGUUCGAGGACAUAGACGGAGCUGACGUCUGCUUCUUCGGCAUGCACGUGCAGGAGUAUGGCUCAGACAGCCCUCCGCCAAACCAGAGACGCGUGUAUAUCUCUUACUUGGACAGCGUGCACUUCUUCCAACCUCGACACCUCCGCACAGGCGUCUACCAUGAGAUACUCAUAGGGUACCUGGAGUACGUCAAGAAGUUGGGGUUUACAACAGGGCACAUCUGGGCUUGUCCCCCAAGUGAAGGGGACGACUACAUCUUCCACUGUCAUCCUGUGGACCAGAAGAUCCCCAAGCCCAAGCGCCUACAGGAGUGGUACAAAAAGAUGCUGGACAAGGCCGUAGCUGAGCGCAUUGUGCACGACUACAAGGACGUCUUCAAGCAGGCCACGGAGGACCGUCUCACCAGUGCCAACGAGCUACCAUACUUUGAGGGCGACUUCUGGCCCAACGUGCUGGAGGAGAGCAUCAAGGAGCUGGAGCAGGAGGAGGAGGAGAGGAAGAGGGAGGAGAACAGCACCUCCAGCGAGAGCGUAGAUGUGAGUGCCCCGAAAAGUGACAGCAAGAAUGCCAAAAAGAAGAACAGUAAGAAGACAAGCAAGAACAAGAACAGCAGCCUGAUCCGAGCCAAUAAGAAGAAACCAGGGAUGCCCAAUGUGUCCAAUGACCUCUCCCAGAAGCUCUACGCUUCUAUGGAGAAACACAAGGAGGUGUUCUUUGUGAUCCGUCUCAUCGCCGGCCCCACUGCCAACUCCCUGCCCCCCAUAACGGACCCAGACCCCCUAAUGGCCUGUGACCUGAUGGACGGGCGUGAUGCCUUCCUGACUCUGGCCAGGGACAAGCACCUGGAGUUCUCCUCCCUGAGGAGGGCCAAGUGGAGCUCCAUGUGCAUGCUGGUGGAGCUACACAAUCAGAGCCAGGACCGCUUCGUCUACACCUGCAACGAGUGCAAGGCAAGCGUGGAGACACGCUUCCACUGCACCGUCUGCGAGGACUAUGACCUGUGUAUCACCUGCUAUAACACUAAGGGCCAUGAACACAAGAUGGAGAAGCUGGGCCUGGGCCUGGAUGACGAGAGCAACAACGCAGCGGCCGCUGCCAGUCAGAGCCCCGGGGACUCCCGCCGCCUCAGCAUCCAGCGCUGUAUCCAGUCCCUGGUCCACGCCUGCCAAUGCCGCAAUGCCAACUGCUCCCUGCCGUCCUGCCAGAAGAUGAAGCGUGUGGUGCAGCACACCAAGGGAUGCAAGCGCAAGACCAACGGUGGCUGCCCCAUCUGCAAGCAACUCAUCGCCCUGUGCUGCUACCACGCCAAGCACUGCCAGGAGAACAAGUGUCCCGUUCCCUUUUGCCUCAACAUCAAGCACAAGCUCCGCCAGCAGCAACUCCAGCACCGCCUCCAGCAGGCUCAGAUGCUGCGGAGAAGAAUGGCCAGCAUGCAGAGGGUGGGCCAGCCUGCCUGCGGUGGAGGAGGACCCCCGGGGGGGCUGCCAUCACCGGGUAACAACGGCACCACAGCCCCCAGUACACCCACGUCAGGAGGCACCCAGCCCCCAACACCACAGACACCCACCCAGCCCAACAUGCCUCCUGGGCCCCAGCCAGGGAUGGGUGGUGGAGGAACUUUGCAGCAACAGCAACAACUCCAGCAGCAGAGUGGGAUGCCUCAGCAGCACCACCAGCUCCACCACCAGUUCCAGCAGAUGCCUGGAGGAGGGGGGAUGAUGAACUCCCCCCAGCAGCAGCAGAUGGUUCCUCAGGUCCAGCAGCAGUCCCAGGCUUCAAACCCCCAACAGCUCCAGCAACACCCCAACAGCCUGCCCCCUUACACCAACAGGCCUCCAGGCUCCUCGCCGCACCCCCAGUCCCAAGGCAAACCAGGCCUGGGACCAGCCACACCACCUCAGCAGCAGCCACCCCAACAGCAGCCCAACCCUGGCCAGCCUUCCAUGCCCCAGCAGCAGCAACCUCCUUCGGGGCCGCCUCCAGCGGCUGUGGAGAUCGCCUUAAAGAUUCAACAAGUGGCAGACGCCCAAAGGAAGAUGGCCCUGCAGAGGCAGGCGGCGCAGGCAGCUGGUAUGAUGCCUCCGCACCCUCACCACCAACAGCCCCAGGGCCAGAUGGGCAUGGUGGGGGCCCAGGGGCUGCCUCCCCAGGCUCAGGCUGCUGCCGCCAGGGCUCACAUGGAGCAGCAGCAGGGUCCUCCAGGUAUGAUGGUGGGCCCUGGCCCCAUGCAGCAGCAGCCCCAGCAGCCUAACCCCCAGGGCCAGCUGCCUCCACAGGUGCAGCAGAGGGUUGGUCCCCCGCUUCAGAAUCCCCAGCAACAGUGGGCCGGCCAGGGAAUGCCACCCCAGCAGAGGCAAGUCAUGAUGGGACAUUCAGGCAUGGUGGCGCCUCAGCAGCAACAACCGCAGCAAAUGCAACAACCGCAGCAAAUGCAACAACCGCAGCAAAUGCAACAGCGGCAGCAGGCUCCGGGACCUGGUGGGUUGAUUGGUAUGGUGCAGCAAGGUGGUGCGGCCGGGGGUGGGAACCUCCCGCAGGCUGCCCUUCAGGAACUGCUGCGUACCCUUCGCUCCCCCAGCUCACCUGAGCAGCAACAGCAGGUGCUCAAUAUCCUCCGCUCAAACCCUCAGCUAAUGGCUGCCUUUAUCAAGCAGAGAGCCUCCAAGUACAAGGGGGGCCCAGGACCCCUGGGAGCCCCUGGCGGGCCAGGUCCAGCCAGAGUUCCAGGAGGUAUGGGCGGCCAACAGGUCAAUGUGAAUGCUGUGGCUGGUCAGCCAGGUAUGCACAUGGGUCAGGGAGUCAACAUGCCUACCAUGGCCCAGCUACAGCAAGUACAGCAGCUACAACAGCAGCAGCAGCAACAACAGCAGCAGCGUCCUAUGCUUAGUAGUUUGCAGCAGCAACAGGUGGCAGCACUUCAGCAGCAGCAUCAACAGCAGCAGCAUCAGCAAGGAGGGAUGCCAGGCCAGCAGGCACCCAACAUGGCCAACAUAAACCCCCAGUUCAGAGAGCUCCUUAUGAGGAGGCAUCUCCAACAGCAGCAGCAACAGAUUGGGAACCAUGCCCAGUUCCAGCAGCAGGGCUACAUGGGCCAGCCGGGCAUUGCCCCCCAGCAGCCUGGUCAGGGCCAGUCUGGAUUGCAGCAGCAGCCUGGAGCCCAGCCAGGGCAGCAGGGUUACCCUGGCACGGUGGCCCAGCAGCAGGCUGCUGCAGUGCUCCAGCAGAGACUCCAGCAUCAGCACCAACUCCAGAUGCAGCAGCAACAACACCAGAACGCCAUGGCGGGCCACCAGGGGGCUGAGGGGGGUCCGGGCAGUGGAGUAGGAGGCCAACCUCAGCAGCCCCAGCCCCCGCAGGGUGCCCCCCAGCCGCUGUCCUCCCAAGCUCUGCUCCAGCAGGCCCUGCACCAGAGGCUGCUUCAACAGCAGCAGCAGCAUCUGGGUGGAGGCUCUCCGGCCCAGCACAGCAGCCCCAUGAGCCCCCAGCAGCAGAUGGCCCAGUCCCCUCACCUGCAGGGCCAGACGCUGUCCACGUCCCUCAGCAACCAAGUGCGCUCGCCCCAGCCCUCCCCGCGACCCCAGUCCCAGCCACCACACUCUAGCCCCUCCCCGCGCAUGCAGCCCCAGCCUUCCCCUCACCAUAUCUCCCCACAAACCCAGACGGGCUCACCGCACCCGGGCCAGCUACCCCAGCACCACCCCGGCAUGGUGGUCCCCAAUCAACAGCCACCUCAGCAGCAGCAGAACUCAAUGGACCAGUUUGGGUCUGACCAGAAUGCCAUGCUGUCUCAGCUCAGUGGGAUGGGUGGUCUCCAUGGGCCUGGAGGACCUGACAUGCUGUCUGGGAACAGCCAGGACCUUGUGCAGAACAUUAAUCACAACACCUUAGACAUCAUGUAGCCUCACCAUGCUUUCAGGACUGCACCUGGGACAGUGUUAGCCUUUUUUUUUACUAUUCAUAUUAUUUAAAAUGUUUUCAAUAAAAAAUACAUUGAAGUGAACUUCCUAUGGGAGAUGCAACUAUAAAUCAACACGUCGAUGAAUUACUAAAUGAAUGGUAAGUUAUUGCUGUUAAUAUAUAUUUUUUGCCAAUUGUGUACAAAUAGGGGGAUGGUAUCUCCCUUAGAGAGUACAACACAGGUAAUAUUUUUUGGGGUUGGGGCUAUGGGAGUAUUUGCCUUUUUAAGAAAUGUUUUUAAGAUUUUAAAAAUUGUGAAAAAUGUAAGAGAAAAUGAUUUAAUGCAAUGGACUUAUUGUGAUUUCUCCAUAAAUCAGUCUGUCUUAUCAGAUUUACAGAGUGAUGUGGAUUCAUAUUAUUAUAAAUCCAAACAUCAUGCAUAUCUUUUAAAAGUUGGGUUUACUUUAUUUAUUUUAGUUUUUUGGCGGUUUGUUGGCAUAUACCCUAAGACUGCUACAAUUCACAUAGAAUAUAUUUUUGUUAUUGGCUAUUGAAAUGGGGGUGGGGUUAUUUCAUUUCAAUGAUGUCUGGGUUGGGCUUUCAAUCUGGAAUAAAAUGAGUGUUGGUGGUUGAGGGCCUGCUGCAAGUUUCAGUGGCCAAUGUAUACUACAUUUGAAAUGCCUAACCAUUGGACAUCAAUACUGGAAGGGCCAUCCCUCUCACUGAACACACAUGCCCUCCCUCACCCUCGAAUGUGUGAGCACUCCUGUAAGACACUUAGUAUUGGAGGUGGGGGGCACAUACCUAUGUGCCUGUAAAGUUUAGAGUACAUGAGGUAUGGAGGAGGGGGUGUCCGCCAGUGCAUAGGACAUUACGGUUCUUGUAAAGCAGAGGGAAUGGAUCCAAAUGAACUGUGCUGCACAGAACUGAGGAAGGGGAGAGAUGUGACCAGUCUCUCUCUGCCUCACCCUUACUUUUCCCUCUGGACUUAACCCCAGCAGCUCGAGCCCAAUGCACUGGGCCCCUUCAACCCACCCUUCUCCUGCCCCAGAAUAAUUGUUGUCCCUCCUCCCAACUCCAAUUUAUCUUUCUGCUCAGAACUUUGAGAGUUUAAUUUAAUAUUUUUUACUGUACAAAGUACUGUGGACUCAAAUACUGUUUUUUUAUAAUAAAAUGAAAACGACAUGUGCUGAAUAUUA